AUGUAUGCUGCUGAAACAGCACUCACCGUUCCUAUUUUAACUUCCCUUCGUGUACCGGAAUCGUUUUAUUCUAUGGCUUGGCUAAUAAGUCCUAUUCUGGGAUUUUUUCUACAACCAAUCGUUGGCAUGUGGAGCGAUACAUGCAAGUGCCGAUGGGGAAGACGACGACCUUUCAUUCUAGCGUUUGCUAUCGGCGCUUACAUUGGUGUAGCAAUGUUGCUCAAUAGCUCUGAUUUGGGCGUUCUCCUUGGAGAUCCUACAACGCCUGGAACAGUUCCAUACAGGGCAAUCGCACUGACUGCCGUAGGUGUGACUUUACUCGACUUUUGUGCGGAUAGUGCUGAUGCUCCCAUACGCGCCUAUUUGAUUGAUACAACGAAUACAGCGGAUCAGGAACGAGGGUUCAAUAUCCACGCUAUUCUCGGUUUUGGUGGUGGUUUGGGUUUUAUUGUCGGAGCAAUCAAUUGGCCGUACAUUCCGAUGUUUUAUAAAAAUGGUGGUGAAUUUAGUAUCAUUUUUUAUGUUGCAAGCCUUUUAUUUAUCGUGUGUUCUAUAUCAACAUUAACAAGUGUUCGUGAAGAACCUCUUAUAUCUUCAUCUUCGCGUGACAAUGGUGAUACAGGAAAUUCGAAUGACGAUGAUCAAGCAGAAAUCGAAGCUGAUGAAAAGCGUCCAUUACUUUCUCUUCGACGAAACAGCUCUCGAUCAUAUAAUACAAAAGGCUUUGUGGAAAUUGAUCCUGCCACAGGUAGACAUAUUCCUCAUGAUCACAUAGAAAGAACAAGCGAAACUAUAUUAUUACAAAAUUUGGAAAACUCUCAUCAAGUUGUAGCUGCAUCAAUAGCCAAUGCUGAUUCAGCAAAUCCUUCACCCGUUCCAACACAAGCAUUCGAAGCUGAACUUAAACAGAAGGCAAAACUCGUCAAACUAGGUCUAAUGCGUCGUCCAGCGGCAGAUGAAAAUGAUGAUUACGAUGAAAAAGACAAUGUUACUAUCAAGUCAAUGCUUAUCUCAAUGGUUCGAAUGCCCCCUCGAUUAUGGAAACUGAUGAUAUGUCAAGUUAUUGGCUGGAUUGGUUACUUUGCUACUCAUUUGUAUUAUACUGAUUUCAUAGCUACGACAGUGUAUAACGGCACGUUCGAACAUGGUGAUGAUGCUGGUUUAGAACGAUAUAAAACCGGUGUUACAAUGGGCUGUUGGGGUCUAUUUUUAUACUCAGCCAGCAGUGCAAUUUAUGCCUUUUGCUUGGAGAGAUGGUUAUCAGAAAAGUUUUCUCUGAAAACGUUGUAUUUUCUUGGUUAUUUGGUGUAUGCCGUUGGAUGUAUAGUGAAUUUCUUUGUCCAUCAAAUUGUUGUGAAUAUUAUCAUGUGUAUAACCUUUGGAAUGUUAGUUGUAUCAUUGAAUACUCUUCCUUACCACAUGUUAUCACAAUUUCAUGCCGAUGAAACAUAUAAAAAUCGAGAUGGUUCUAAGCGUGGGAUAGGCGUUGAUUGUUCUCUACUGAAUAGCUGUUAUUUUCUCGGUGAACUGGUAGUAGCUGUGUCUCUGGGUCCACUAUUAGAGCAAACAGGUGUAAAUUAUUGUAUGGUAAUCGGUGCUGGAUUUACAUUGUUUGGAAAUCUUUGUAUGUUUUUCUUGUUCUAUUUUAAAACGUGA